AAAGAUUCAGAUAGAACAGAAAGUUGCCUUUCAGGCAUAGUUGUUGAGUCAACAAUAAUGCAUCCUUUCGAAUUUGACUUUUACCUUACAAGUCAUUCUAGCUCAAUAGGAACUUCACACUCAACACAUUAUCAUAUAUUAUAUGAUGAAAACCAAUUAACAUCUGAUUCACUUCAAACCUUAUCAUACAACUUGUGUUACACAUUUACGCAGUCUACACAUGCAGUUUCUAUUAUCACACCAGUAUACUAUGCUUAUUUAGCUUGCAAUAGGGCUAGAUUUCAUUCUCGAGGUAAAAGUUGGAGCAAUAUAGAUUCUGAAACUGAUAGAUCUGUAUCAACGUACAGUAUAGUAAAGCCUAAAUUACAAAAGGUUAUGAACUUUAUAUAA